AUGACUACAUUCUCCUUCCCCCCCACAUACAACUUCCCCCCCUUCUUCACUCCCCAACCGAACCGAACGACGCGCGAAGCUCAACUCUCGAAAUGGUCAUCCCUGAUCCAGUCGUGGUGUCGCCAUCACCGAAUCUACCGACUAUCACUGAUCGAGACGAUCGACUCGCCUCUCUUCCAUAACGCGACGCUGCGAAAACGGCUCUCGCUCAGCGACGUGCGCGACGUCGUCGAUUGGAUGGCCACUGUGGACGACGACGGCGCAAAACGAGCGGAAUGGAUCGACGGGGCAAAUAAGUCCGUGGCUUGGGUUUGGUGGAGGAGACCAGAGGAGUGGGCGGAUGUUUUGAUUGAGGCGACCGGACAGAAAAAUGUCGUGUUGACAGUAUACGAACUGCUGGAGGGUGAAGCUACCAUGUCGCAAGAAUGGCAUGGAAUGGACCCCGAGCUCAUGCUACGGUCUCUCAACACCCUCGUCAAACGGGGCAAGGCUCAGGUCUUUGGUAGUGAAGGCCAGGAAGGUGUCAAGUUCUUCUAA